GACUUCAAUAUUCGUCGCCGCUUCUUCUGCUUCCCAAACCCCCACAACUCUCGACUCUCCGAGGCGGCGGCAAAGCGACGGCGGUUCGAGGCGGCACAGCCCGUCGCCGGCGGCAAUGGAGUGCGCAGACUUUAGAGUUGCGCUCGGCUUCGAGAGAGCCAUUCGACGCGACCGUCCGUACGGCGGGUACCCACGCCUCCCGAGCGAGGGCUCGCCGCAGAUGGCCUUCUUCGACGCGGCCUUCCAGGGCGACCUUCCCCGCCUCAGGGAGCUGGCGAGCGGCAGGGACGCCAAGGGGAUGGCCUGGCUUGCCGAUGUGUGUCUCGUCGGCGCGGGCCCUUUCCAGACCGCGGCACGCUUGGGGAAACUGGACGCCGUCAGGUGCAUGGUGGAGGAGCUGGGCUUCGAUGUCAAUGCUGGCAGCCAAGCCGGUGUAACUGCUUUGGCUGCUGCUGCAGCGGAUGGAAGAAUGCAUGUUAUGAGGUACCUUCUGGACAAGGGGGCCGAUCCGAAUAAGCCAGCCAAUUCAGGCCAUUAUCCUCUUCACCAUGCUGCAAAACAUGGGCGUGAUGAAGCAGCACGAUUGUUGCUAUCUAGAGGAGCUAGUAUUGAUGUAGCUUAUAUUGGUCUGACACCACUACAUUUCGCUGCUGGCUAUGGGAUGAUUGGUGUCAUGAAAGUUCUGUUGGAGCACCAUGCAGAUCCGAACAAGGUCUCAGAAGAGGGAAGUACUCCGCUGACUGAAGCACUUCAUGGUACCGAUUCAGGAGUACCUGAAUCUACUUCACUGAAGUGUGUCAAGCUGCUUGUGGAGGCAGGCGCAGAUGUAAAUUCUGCUAAUAGCGAAACUCCGUUGGUAAUAGCAAAACGUUAUGGCUUAACUGAUUGUGUCAAGUACCUGUCAAAGGUUAAGCAUGAAAAAAAUACAAAUCUUCAGUUGAAAUCAUAUGCCGAGAAAGCUAUUAAGAGAAAGGACUACCAUGGCGCGUCAAAGUUCUACACCGAGGCGAUUGAGCUGGACCCUAGUGAUGCAACUCUGUACUCAAACAGGAGCCUUUGCUACCUGCAAAUGACUGAAGCAGAUAAGGCUGUGCGCGAUGCUAACACUUGCAUAAAACUGCGGCCCGAAUGGAUCAAAGGUUACUACAGGAAAGGCGCUGCUCUCCUGUCGCUCGAGGACUACAAAGGAGCUAGUGAUGCAUUCAUGGCUGGGCUGCAGGUGGACCCUGAAAAUGUUGAGAUGGAGAAAGCGUUCAUGGAAGCAAUUGAGGGAAUUAAGAAGGACCACUUGGCUGGAAAAGGCUCCAAGCCAUCUGAUUAGAGGAAAACCGUCGAUCGCCCUGCCCUGUUUCGUGUAAAUAUCUAUCCUAGUGCUAGCCUGCCAGGAAACGUACUUAUCUUCUUUUGGGUACCGUAGUGGUAGUGAGAUGGCACUCGGUGACUAGUCGAUCACUGUGGUUUGUGUGUCAAUGGCGCUGUUGCAGAAUGCCGUAGUAGACCCGGUCGAGUGGAAGUGGAAUUUUCGUUUCCUGUCUGCAGCGAAGGAGGACCACCACGUUUGUCAUCUCAA